CACAGUGUUUGUUCAUACAUGUCCUACAUUCCAUCAUCAGAGAUGACUAUUGCUACAGACUGGACACUCCCACAAAAGUGGAUGCAUAAAAAGAGAGGUCGGUGGUAAUUUCCGAUCAAAGAAACUUCUUGUUCGCAUUGACUUAGGAUUCUUACCAGUCUGAAAAUGGUGUGUUAUACAGUGACAGUAUACACCACUGAUCUCACCGCUGCCACCACUUUUAACAAUGUCUUCAUUAAGCUGGUGGGCACAGAUGGGGAGAGCAAUCGCCAGUGGCUCGCCAGCCUCAAAGGAGCUGCAACCUUCUUCAGAGGAGCAGUGUCUCAUUUUAGUGUGUGCUGCUCUAAGUCUCUUGGAAAGCUGGUUCUGAUUGAGCUUGACAAAAAGUCCGUCCCACUGUUCCCCAAAGACUCUUGGUUCCCUGCCAAGGUGGAGGUGAAAUCCCCUGAGGGAGACACCUACCACUUCCCCAUCUACCGCUGGAUCACUGACAGUGAGGUUCACCGCUUCAGAGAAGCAACAGCUCUGAAAGUCUUUGAAGACAACCAUCAUCUUGGCAGGUACGCUCGACAGCAAGAGCUGAAGGAGCGAGCGCAAAACUAUCGCUGGAAUGUCUAUGCAGAGGGAAUACCUCACUGCAUAAAGACAGAAGACCCUCUUUCUCUCCCUUGUGAGGUCCGGUUCUCCUUCACCAAGACCACAGAGUUUCUCUUCACUGCAUCCUCAGCGCUGACAGAGCUGAAACUGAAGGGACUGGAUGAAUGCAAGGAGAGGUGGCCUGAUAUUGAGUCUAUCAAUCGGGUGUUCUUCUGCAAACGGACGGACAUAUCAGACUACGUACAGGAACAUUGGAGGGAGGAUGCUUUUUUCGGCUACCAGUUUCUAAACGGGGUCAACCCCAUAUUGAUCCGACGCUGCACAGUCCUCCCUGACAACUUUCCUGUCACUGAUGACAUGGUCUUUCUCCGUGGUGAGAGCAGCUUGACAGAAGAAAUGAAGAAAGGAAACAUAUUCUUGUGUGACUACAAGCAUUUGGAUGGACUGCAAGGAAACACCAUUAAUGGGAAGAAGCAGUACCUGAUGGCUCCUCUCGUCCUGCUCCACAAAACACCUGAUGAUAACUUGAUGCCAAUUGCUAUUCAGCUGAAGCAGACUCCAGCCAAAGACAAUCCAAUCUUUUUCCCCACUGAUUCUGAGUACGACUGGUUGAUGGCCAAGAUUUUUGUGAGAAGUGCAGAUUUCAGCGAGCAUCAACUCAACGUUCACCUGCUGCGUACUCACCUGCUGGCUGAAGCUUUCGCUGUGUCACUGCUGCGCAACGUGCCCAUGGUGCAUCCAUUGUACAAGCUCCUCAUACCUCACACUCGCUACACCCUGCAGAUCAACUUCUUAGCUCGCCUUCUUCUGAUAUCUAAGACUGGAGUUUUCACACAGUUUUCAGCUUCUGGUGGAGAGGCAAUGAUCACCAUCCUGAAGAGGUCGCUGUCCUCGAUGACCUACAGCUCUCUCUGCAUACCCGAAGACAUUGCUGAGCGUGGAGUGGAGGAUGUACCAAACUUCUACUACAGGGAUGAUGGACUCCAGCUUUGGGAUAUCAUCCACAGGUUUGUGGAGGGAAUACUCAGCUACUACUACAAGACUGAUGCUGAGGUCCAGCAAGACUCUGAGCUGCAGAAUUGGAUUUUGGACAUUUUUGAACAUGGAUUCCUCUCUUACGCAGACACAGGAAUUCCACAGAGAUUUACCACUGUGCCUGAGCUGAUCAAGUUUGUCACCAUGGUGAUCUUCACCUGCUCAUGCCAGCACUCUGCUGUGAACAGUGGACAGUAUGACUACGGCGGCUGGAUGCCCAACACUCCCAUCUCCCUACAACUCCCUCCACCAACCACAAAGGGGACAACAAGCGAGGCCAGGAUGCUGCAGACGUUCCCUGACGUCAACACAACAGUUCAGGGCAUGGCCACCAUGUGGCUGCUCAGCUCACAGUCUUCUGACUUUGUCCCGCUUGGCAUGUACCCAGAGGACCAUUUCAGUGAGGAGAUUCCCCGCAAGCUGAUAAAGGACUUUCAGGGAGAACUUGAGGUAUUAAGUGCAGACAUCAAAGUCAGAAACGAGAGUCUGGAGGUCCCAUACACAUACAUGGAUCCGAAGGAGGUAGAGAACAGUGUGGCCAUCUGAAUAUCAGGGGGUGUGACCUCCUCAGCUGUUGGCCAAACUCAACUUCACAUUAACAAGAGGGAGCAGGGAAAGAACUGCAUGCACUGUUUUUCACUGAUACUGUAAUGAAAAGAAACAACGGUAUGUGAUCAUUGUAUGCUGAUAUACAGCCUCACUGAUUUAAUUAUAACUCUACCUACAGUUUUAAAUCAUAAUCCACAUCUUAAGUCUUUUUAGUUCACUUGUAGUCUAUACCAGGCUAUUAAAAAAAGGAAAAAACUUAAAAAUGUAAAAUACAAGAUGUGAAGCGGACACACUGAGAGGUCUUUUAUAAAGACAUGUAUGUUUUUUUUUAACAAAACACUUUUGUCAUUAUUUGCAGUUUAUCAGACUGUUGUUUUACUUUUUUCUGUUUCAACACAAAGAUGAAUUAAUCAGUUAUUUUUGCUCGAACAACUAUUAAACUAUGUGCGUACUUUAUGUGUGUUGUGUAAUGGAAAUGCACUGAGAGAUUGAUCUACAGUUUGAUUUGCAUGUGGGCCAGUUUUAUCCAGAGUCAGUUAUUCUACAGAGCAUUGUUACUGAAUAUGUUUUUGUGAGAAACAGUGAAAAUUAUAUCCUAACUAAUAUGUGUAAUGCUUUAUUGUAGUUUUACAUUUUAUUGAUAAAAGAAACUUUCAAUCAA